AUGGUUGACCAGAGCGAGACUGGAGCCGGGCAGUCCUCAUCUCAAAGUGCUACUCAUCCACCCGCUACUACUCAUUCAGCGGAUGACUUAACCAAGCAAGAAGACUUAGCCAUGAACGAGGAACUUACACAUGCGGAUGAAGCACCUAAUGCUCCUCUGCAUACAGGCGAAGAAUCUACUGGUUCAGCUGCUGGGUUUUUAUCGUCUCCUGUUCUAUUAACAUAUGCUGAAGGCCCGCCUCCACUUGAUCCUCUCUUGGACGCGCCUUUGUUUCAAGACUCCUUUCUAUCUGACUUAUCCCAUGUGAGCGCUGCCCUGUCAGUAUCUGAUUUUGGUGCUGUCCCGUCUAUCUUUGGCUCAAUAUUGCCACCCGCACCCUCAACAAACAACACUGCCCAGGAGCCUGAUGCGACUGGCUAUGAGAACUAUAGCGAUCGCGACUCAGAUGUACCUGCUCCCCCUAAUGAUAGCUCAUAUGAUAUCCCAGCCACCUUCAUGCAGGAUACAAGCAAUGAUACUGAUGAUGGGUGGAAUGGUGGACAGUGGAAUGAAGGCCAGGAAGGUGGCAGCUUGAUCGAAGACUCUGAGCUGUCUGGAUUCGAAUUUGACAAGCUUCCUCAAAACAGAGUAGGCAUGGGCUUUGGCUCUGACUCUACAAGCUCUGACAACGAUGCAGACGUGGCCGAGCAGUUCUACCCUUCUGAUGACGAGGAUGAAGAUGAUGAGCCGUACCGUCGCUCAGGGACAUUCUAUGGCAACCUAGAUGCCAUGUUCACCUAUGGACAAACAAAUGCUGGGAAUAACGCUGACGGACCUAUCACCCCACCAACUGAACAACCAUCACCUUUGCCUGCACUAGACUUGGAAAAUAACGAACUUACUGACUACUAUUUUGAUGGGGUUGGUAAUGAUACUGAUAAUGCAGACCUUUCAAUGCAUACAGAGAGUAUGGAUAACCAUUUCCUAUCCCCCUUCUAUUUGAAUUCCUCCCUUACACCAUCUUCUAUCUCUAUGCCCCUUACUCAAGCUAUGAAUUCUCUCACUAUUGGCGGCGGCACUAGUGUCAGUGACAGUAAGGGUAUUGACCUCAUUAACUCACUUCAUUGGGCAUUUGUGCGCUUACUUGAACUAGUCACUAGUUCAGUUGGUAUCCUGCCUCUUCCUCCUCCCCUCCUUUCAAGAAUCUGUCACGUUCUUGGAAAAUUUUCCUCCUUACACCAAAGGGUCAUGGCUGGACUGUUGGAACACGGCAUUCAGUUUGGCCGGCAUACGAUGUCUAUCUCGACUCCAGUUGCCGCGCCUGGUAUUCCUUUUGGAGAAGACGAGGAUUCCGAUCCCUUUAUCCCACCUUUGCCAAACGAAUACUCCGAAGAGUCGCUUUCAACAAACGCGUCGUCUUCAGAGGAAACCGUUAUACCACGAUCUGAACCCGAGCCACGCCCCCCACCACUGUUGACACGAGAGGAAUACGAAGACCUCCAUGAACCAUCUGAGCUUUCCCCUUACUACAUACCUCCAGCCAUCAUUCUCCAGUCUUUCAAUGCUCCCACUGCAAGCACUUUGCUAGCUGCCUUACUUGCUCCGGCCGAUGAUGCUAACCAAAAUCCCUUACCAGCUUUCGAACGCAACUUGACCGUCGAACAGUUCAUUCGCCAAUGGUAUAUUCGCGGUCGCCUCAACAACGUGCGUAUCAGCGGUAAUGAGCCAUACCAUCCAGUUUCUUCGGAGGCUAUCCAUGUGUUGCAGUGGGCGAGGCCAACAAAGAUAUCGCGUCCGGAAAACCAUCAAUCACGCACGUUUGAUAUUCAGAACAUUCCGUGGCAGCAGAAGUUAAACGUGGAUAGAGCUGCUGCGCGUUCUGUACGGGACAGAUGGUAUACAUCUUAUCAUAACUUGCGUUUCCAGCCUCAUGGCUACGCUGUAACCUUGCGAGACAGCGAACGUUACUUUAAAGCAAAAACCAUGUACACCAAGUUCAAGGCUUCAAUGGCGCACUUCCAACUUAGAAACCUCAUGUCCGUGACUGCAUCCAAUACUGUGCAGUACGUCCAUCGAUCCAAGGUCUAUUCUGUCACGCCUUUUUACGACCUCAACAAAUGUCUCAUUGACCUAUCCGAUUCGAGCUCUGCUACGACUUUCUUUGAGCCCGUGAAGAUCUCCACCAUGAAAGCUAAACACGGUGUCACCAUUGCCGGAGGAUUCUGUGGCGAAUAUGCAUAUAGAGCUGAGGUGAACGACUAUAAGAAAAUCGAAGGUCGCGUCACUAAACACCCUAACGGAAUCACGAACCAUAUCGACAUUGUUAAGCAUCGAACCAGUCGUAACCCACAGGCUGUUAUUGCUUCAAACGACGAAUCCAUCCGUAUCCUCGACUGUGAGACGAACAAGUUUGUUGCGUCCCACCGAUUUGCUCGAGCUAUUAACUGCACCGAUACUUCUCCUGAUGGGCGCCUUCGUGUUAUCGUUGGUGACUCUGCCGACGCCUGGGUCGUUGAUAGUGACACUGGAAAACCCGUUCAGGCUCUCACCGGACAUCGUGACUAUGGAUUUGCAUGCGCCUGGUCCCCAGAUAUGCUGCACAUAGCCACCAGCAACCAAGACAAGACCGUCAACAUCUGGGACGCGCGUAUGUGGAGGAUCCUCCAAACCAUGGACUCGGACGUUGCUGGCUACCGCUCUCUCCGCUUUUCUCCUGUCGGCGGCGGCCCACGUACCCUCCUUAUGUGCGAGCCAGCAGAUCGCAUCGCCAUUGUCAAUGCCCAAACUUACGAGACCCGUCAGGUUCACGAUUUCUUCGGAGAGAUCGGUGGCGCCGACUUCACUCCUGACGGCGGCAGAAUCUGGGUUGCCAACAUGGAUUCCCGUUUCGGAGGGCUCAUGGAAUACGACCGCGUUCAAUGGGGCCAGGAGUUUGGCAUCAGCCACACUCGACGUUCAAAGAUUGAAAGCCGUGGCGACGUUUAUCAUCCAGAUCUACCUAACGAAUGGCUUCCCGAAGCUGAGCUGGACGACGACCCACGCUGCGUUUUGGGUCCCGGCGAACGAAGAUUGCGAUUCGAGAGGCUCAUGAGUGAUACAGAGUUUGCAAACCUCAACCGGUUCUUGGGAUAA